GCCGAGGAGCAGAGUUACUCCAAGGAAACAUGGAGGAAGAAGAACGGGCUGAUCCACAGAGAGAGGCCAGCUGGCAUGGAGUCGCCUCAGCAGCACCUCGGCGACACAACCAAUGGGGUGCCGGCGACCUCGCUGCAGCAUCAUGGGCCCAAAGUGUACGGCGUAGUGCAGAGGACGAGCUCGGACAGACAGCAGGAGCUGAUGGCGCGCGAGUGGACCGUCAGCCACCUUCAUGAUGAGAUGAAGUACAUCAAGGAGGUGAGAGACUCUCUGGAGAAGGUGAGAGAGCGGAUGUACGGGCAGUUUGGAGGAAUGCAGCAGUCAAUGGAGAAGCUUUCACAGGAAAUCAGGGCUGCCAACUCACAGCAGAGAAGUCUGGAGUCUGAGGUGAAGGUGCGCACCGCAGCCAUGGAGAACUUUGAUCAGAUGAACAGCUCCCUUAUAUCUGCAAACAUCAGCCUGCAGAAAUCCCUUUUGGAGAACUGUCAGAACAGAGUGGACAUGAAAGAUGAGGUGAAGAGUUUGCGGAGCACCUGCGAGAAAACUCAGGAAAUGCUCAGGGACAAGGAGCGGGAGCUCACUGCAUCACAGACUGAAAACCAAACACUAAGACUUCAGGUGGAGUCUGCACGGGAGGCCAACAACCGCGCCAUGCAGGAUCUCGCUGCAAAGCUCCAGAGGGAGUAUGAGGAAAAGUUACAGAGCGAACAACGGAAACACAGGGAAGAGAUAGAAAACCUACAGGCCCAACUGGACAAUUACAUCAGUCGUCUGGAGGAAGCAGAGAGGAACCUCCGGGCUGCAGAGGCAAAGAUUGCUGAGAGAGACCAGCGGAUCAUGGAAGUAGAACGUCUCCUGGGCUGCAUGGGGAUGGAGAAGAGUCAACUCCAGCAGAAGCUGCAGGAAUGCGAACAACGUAUUCGUUCGUUAGAGAUGACAGACGCAACGGAUGCAGCUGCAGCCAAAAAGUCCAAGAAGCUGGAGGAAGAAGCUGUGGAUCUACGUGAGAGAAUCAAACAUUUGAACGACAUGGUGUUUUGCCAGCAGAGGAAGGUCAAAGGAAUGAUUGAGGAAGUUGAAUCUCUGCGAUCUAAAGUUGCCCAGAAGGACAUGUUCAUCUCAGACCUUCUAGACAGAAUUGCAAUAGUGGAGUGCGAGAAUAAUGAAUUAGAAGACAAGCUGAAGUAUUUUAUGUCCAUACAGAAUAGGCCUCAAGAGAUUUUGGAAAGACGAGACAUAGGAGUAGGCUGCGAUCUGCUCCCCAGGAGGUUGUUGCAGACUCUUCCCGACAAAGGGAAGAAGAUCAAAGACUUUGCGGAGAAAGUGCGCCUUGCCAUUGAAGAGCGCGAUGAGGAGCAGAGGAGGCAGCAUUUGGUGUCUGCUGCUGAAGCAGAGUUACAGUCUAAGUAUCAGCAAGCUUUCUCCUCCCAGCAACGAGCCGUCCCCCUUUCACGCCUAAAUGAGGAAAACGAGGAAGCUGCAGGCGAUGAUGCACAGGAGUGGGAUAACAGCCCUUCGGAGAAGCAGCAGGACGAGAGUCUCUCCACAGCGAAGUCGAUGGAGACCGCUGCGGAGGGGGAGCCCAUGAACUCUGAUCAGAUCAAAGAACAUGAACUUGCAGAAGCCUUGGACAGAGUAACACUGUCUGCUGCCGAAUCUAAAGAACAAUUCAACAGCAAGGCAACAGAUAAUUACUUUCUUCAGAAGCAGCCAGAUACAAAGCCUCACUAUUUAACCGUCCUAGAAAAGACUGCAGCUCCCAAGAAGCAUAAAUUCAAACCAAAUCAACUAGCCCACAGAAACGAUGGCUCUCCGUCUGGAUCUCUGUCUCCUGGGCGCUCCUCUGGAACUGCGUCGCCGCUGUCUGCUCAGGCCAGGAAGGAGCGUGACAGGAAGCACCUGGACGACAUCACUGCAGCCAGACUCCCUCCUCUUCAUCACUCUCCUGUGCAGCUUCUGUCUCUGGAUGAAUCCGCUGAGCUCGUCAGAGAACAUACGAAGAAACAGCAGGAGCUGCAGGCCAAACUGGCCGCCCAGAAACUGUCUGAAGGACUGAAGAUCUCCAUGGGGAGCUACACUCCUGACGGCGGCCCCAUGGCUGCCUACAGAGAGGUUCACGAUGAUGGAGCCCACCUCUCCUCUGAGGAGGACUGAUGCUGGGUGGACUGCUUGGGAAAGCGGCGUAACCUCGGCCUCUGGCGGAAAGAGGCUUUGGACCUCAUGGUUCGGGAUUUUCCAUUUCAAGACCAGGAUCUCUUAAGAGAGGAAAUCAGCCUUUGCUUGGCUGUGAAUAGCUUAUAACAGCCAGGUCCAGAAAAAGAAACUUAAUUGCCACUAUAUUUGUGACAGGUUGUUGUAAAGUCCUGCUUGUAUAUUCAAGGGAUGUGGCGUUUUAACAUUAGCAUUUUGAUGGAAUUGCUCUGAGAAAACAUUGAAACUGGCGACAUUAUAACAUCCUGAGUCUGGUGUGAUUUAUGUAAAGCUUUAGCCUGAUAGUGGAUGACCACACAAACCUAAAGCUUAUCAACAGACACUAUGCAAUGAACCAAAACUCACCUUUUAAACAUUUUUCUCAGACCAAAGGGCUACAAGACAUGAAACCAAGAUAAAUAAAGCCUUCAUUUUGAACCGUGUACUGUCUUUGUCCUAACUGGUCUAAAAGUACAGAAGUGACCCUACUAGAGGAAAUCCUUUUUACUUUUAUAAAGACACACAUGCUUCAUUUUGCAAUUAUUAUUAAAGUCGAUGGCAUGUUGACACUUUAUUGUGUUUUCCUUGUUUAAUUCUGUUAACUUUUAUGUGGUCUUUAAGGACAUUUGUAGAACAGGCUUUUAUCUGCAGUUUCUUCUGUCCAUCAUUAAUGAGCUUCCUGCUCCAUCAUCCACACCAGAACACCAUCACAGCUUCGAUUUGCUGGUGAUCGCAUUAACUUUGGGCUAAUCAGGAAACUGGAGCUUCGUAAGUUAAAUUUUACCGAAUGCUGUGCAGCAUAUGUUGACAAAUCAGCUUAGGUUGAGACAUUUUGAAGACUGGGGUGUCUUCAAACCUGGUGUGUGCAAGAGAAGUAGUAAGAUAUCAGUGAAAAGAAAUGUGACGACAAGAAAAGGGAGCGUGUGAUCCUAGAGGUGAGUCGCUGUUCUUAUGAAAGCACCCCCCCCCCCCCCACUGCCCUGCCCUUACACAAGAAAGUCACCUCCCACUGAGCCCUUCCCCACCCUUCCCGUCUUACUUAACCCUGGUCCCCCAAAUAUGUCCAGGAAGGCAGGCGGGUAGCAUCCAUGGUGAUCAGAAGUUAGGCACCCCAAAAGGAAAGGGGCUAAACUAUCAGGAAUGUUUAAUGUUUUAUACAAAUGUAAUCCAAUAGUACAAAACAGUGUGGAACACAAAAACAAGUGAAUUUUUUCUAAAAUGUUUCUUUUUAUUAUGAGAAGUACAGGUCAGACGGGGUUUUUUCCCCUUUUUGAGACAAUUUUUUUUAUUUCACAUUUUUAGAUCCAGCAUACUUUGGCAAAAAUUGAAUAAAUAUUGCUCUGUUCAAUAAAA